GACCACCACUUUUCCUCUCUAUUUUCAAAUAUCAAUAUGGCGGGUAUCUUUCGAACGAUCUAUGACUGGCUUUUGAGGAUGUUCUGGGCGACGGAGAUGGACGUCACCAUGAUUGGGCUCCAGAAUGCAGGAAAGUCUUCGCUGCUGCGUGUACUUGCGGGAGGGGAGUUCACUGUAGAUUCGAUUCCCACCAUUGGGUUUAACACAAAGCGCGUCCAGAAAGGGCAUGUGACCUUGAAGUGCUGGGAUCUCGGGGGCCAGCCGCGGUUCCGACCGAUGUGGGAGCGAUAUUGUCGGGGCGUCAAUGCGAUCGUUUACAUCGUGGAUGCAGCAGAUCGCGCUGCACUGCCAGUGGCGACUGAAGAGCUGCAUGAUCUGAUGAAAAAGCCCACGCUCGAUGGAAUCCCUCUGCUUGUGCUGGGGAACAAAUCAGAUCUCCCCAAUAAGUUAUCGGUGGACGAUCUGAUCGAAGCGAUGGAUCUGAAGUCCAUCACCCACCGUGAGGUGAGCUGCUAUGGCAUCAGCGCGAAAGAGGAAACGAACCUCGAUGCAGUCUUGCAUUGGUUAAUUGCCCGCGCCAGCCGAUAAGAUCGGCUGAUUGAAUGAUGGCAUCGGAGGGACUCGUCCAAGUGCUUGCUUCCUCCCACCCAUUUACUCUUCGUCUCGUACACGAGACUGGAGGUCGUAGACUGCCGCCGUUUUCUCACGGUUUGGCGGCCUGAUUGUAACGAUGUGACGUUUUGUGAGCCAGGCACAUUGUUCGGAUUCUAGCGAAGCUUUCUGUUUCAUGCAUGUUAUGUCAUUGAUAGUAUUGGGAGUCAUUAGCUCAUGUCCUGCAUGUAUUCUAUGAUCGUAUCCGAGAGAGCAGGCCGUUAAUUGAAAGAAUUGGCGCCGGUAGCCGGCGCACCAUAACUCCGAAAA